UCAAGCACCGAAGUUAGAGCUCCAUCUUUCGUUGAGAUGGUGGAACCUGAUUCCCUUCUUACUAGAGAGAUGCAAACUCCCACUGUUCCGGUACCAGAAAAAGGGAACUUACCUCAAAGUGGCAUGACAAGUUCUGGUUCUAUUGGGACUUCAUCAAAUGUGUUAUCUCUUGAGAAGAUUUUUGCGUAUAAACUGGCAUUGAUCAAGAAUUCCAUAUUAGUUAUUGUCGAGAUGUUUAAAGAUCCUGAUCAAUGGUCAGAUCUGGCUGUUGCUUUAGAUGUUCUGGAUAGUGCAGCACGGAUGGCUAAAGUAAACAUUUCUUUUGUACACGAUGCUCUCCUAAGAUUCCAUAAUUCAAUAAUUGUUCUGUCAUCAGCUGAAACUGCGAUUGUCCCACCCGAAAUUUUAGAGUAUAGGAAGCAACUUGCAUACUCUAGGGAGAAGGUUUCUCAGAUUGCUCCCAUCACUUCUUGUCACGAUCAAGAACAGCUAUCUUUGUGGGAGCAACUGAAGACUUUUACUGAUAACAAGACAACUAUCUAAAAUCGUAUUACCCUUUUGAAGUAAGAAAUCGCUCAGCUGGAGAAGCAAGAUCUAGAGAAAGAUCUGAACAUUAAAAGAGUAUGGAAAAAGAUGCAAUGUAGUCUUCAUUCCGUGGAUGCUGAAAGAUCUGAAUUAGCUAAGAAUGAAGAAUUAAUUGCCUCCUUAGAAGAAAAGCUAGCUGGUAUCCCAGAUCCUACCAAAAUUAUUUCAAAUGCCAGACUGGAACAUGCGGCUGGUCAAGUUAAUCUUCAAGAAAAUUUGCAACAAUACUUAGCAACAUUAGGCAUA